ACGGUGCAGUACGUGCCGUAUUGCGGCGCCCUGAGCCCUCGCACCGCCCUGGAGCUGGUCCGGCAGUACGACGUCGUCGCCGACUGCUCCGACAAUGUCCCCACCAGGUACUUGGUGAAUGACGCCUGUGUUCUGGCUGGGAAACCCUUGGUGUCCGGCAGUGCCCUUCGGCUGGGGGGGGAAAAAAAACUGGUCGUGUACAACUACCAGGGAGGGCCCUGCUACAGGUGUCUCUUCCCCAAGCCCCCUCCACCAGAGACAGUGACCAACUGUGCAGAUGGAGGAGUGCUGGGUGUCGUGCCAGGCAUCCUGGGGUGCAUACAGGCCUUGGAAGUGCUGAAGAUCAUCUCGGGAAUGGGUUCCUCUUUCAAUCAGUUCAUGCUGAUGUUUGAUGCCCGGGAGGGGAGAUUUCGCAACAUCAAGUUAAGACCAAAGAAACCAGACUGUGCUGUUUGUGGUGACGAUCCAUCUGUCACCUGUCUCCAGGAUUAUGAGGCAUUUUGUGGUUCUUCUGCAACAGACAAGUGCAGGACUUUACAUCUGCUGUCCAGUAAAGACAGGAUAUCUGUAGAACAAUACAAGAAACUGUUGGAUGAGCAAGUUCCUCAUGUAUUGCUAGAUGUUCGUCCACAGUUAGAAGUGGAUAUCUGCUGCCUGGCACAUGCUGUUCACAUUCCUCUGAGUAAAUUAGAAGAAAAAGACGAAGAGUAUCUGGAACACUUAGAGAAGAGAAUUUGUGAAGAAAAGCAGAGAACUAGUGGCCAGACAUCAUUUCCUGUGUAUGUUAUUUGCAAAUUAGGAAAUGAUUCCCAGAAGGCUGUAAGAAUUCUGCAGGAGUUAACUGACAAAGAAUUUGCUUCUGUGUUAGCCAAGGAUAUUAAAGGGGGGCUCAUGGCUUGGGCCAGUAAAAUUGACCCAACAUUUCCUCAGUAUUAG